GGCAGGCAUGUAAUGCUUAGAGGAAGAGGCGCUUUUGGUAGGAGAAAGUAAUAUUAUAAGUCGCCAAGUGAAAGAAGGAGAGGACAAGAAAGGGCAAAAAGAAAAAGAAAAGAAAAUCAGGAUAUUCAACACACCUUUUUAGGUCACGUAAACCUAUGUUGGCUUGCCUCCCGAAAAGGUAAAACUAAACACCAAAGCAAAGAUGAGUGCAAGCACCACAGCUAUGGCGCCAAGCACACACGCGCUGGCGCCGCUGGCCAAACCAACCCCAAGUAUCGACGCCGUUCCGGCAAAACCCAAGGCCAAGGUAUCAACCAUCGUGUCCCUGAUGGCUGGAGGGACGGCCGGUGCCGUCGAGGCGUUCACGACAUAUCCCUUUGAGUUUGCCAAGACAAGAGGCCAACUCCUGUCAAAGGCCGAGCGUUCAGCCAACCCCUUCUCCAUCAUCACCACCGUGGCUAGGCAGGAGGGGCUGGGCGCUGUUUACACAGGCUGCUCGACUCUGGCAGCAGGUGCCACUCUCAAAGCGAGUGUGCGCUUCAUGUCCUAUGACACCAUUAAGAACAUCCUCGUCGACGAUAAUGGCAAGCUUACCACCGGCCGUGGAAUCCUGGCGGGUAUGGUCGCCGGCGCCGUCGAGUCACUAGUCGCUGUGACCCCUACGGAGCGCAUCAAGACCGCCUUGAUCGAUGACGCCCGCUCGGCAGCCCCGCGCUUCACGUCCGGGGCGCACGCCCUGCGCACCAUCCUGGCCGAGCGCGGCAUCGCCGGGCUCUACUCGGGCCUCGCCUCGUCGACCCUCAAGCAGUCCACCACCUCGGCGGCGCGCAUGGGCUCCUACAACGCCCUGCGCGAGCUCUCAAAGUCCUACGGCCUGCCCAACGACAGCACCGCCGUGACCUUUGCCACGGGCGCCACCGCGGGCGUCAUCACCGUCUACGUCACGCAGCCGUUCGACACCAUCAAGACGCGGGCGCAGAGCGCCAAGGGCGCCAGCACCGCCGAGGCCUUCAGGAGCGUGCUGAGGGAGGGCGGCGCCAGGGGCUUCUGGGCCGGCAGCGCCAUGCGCCUGGGCAGGCUGAUCUUUAGCGGCGGCAUCAUCUUCACCGUCUACGAGAAGAUCGCCGCUGGAUUAUCAAAACGGGGUCUUUGA